CGCAGGACCAGUCCCCACAGCAGCGAGCAGCAGCGCAUCCAUCCUGCCGUGGAGCCGGGAGCGUGGAGCCGCGAGGAGCGCACAGAGAGAGAGACAGAGAGACAGAAGAUGGACGGAGUGGGAUCGUUCGGAGCGGGCCGGUCCGGGUCCACUAUCGACCCGCUUACCUUCGCCAAACAGCCGCAGACCAUCCUCAGAGUGCUUUCCUGGAUAUUCUCCCUGGUGGUCUUUGCCUCCAUCGUGAACGAGGGCUACGUGAACUUGGGCAGCGAGCGUCUCCACUGCGUCUUCAACAAGAAUGCGGACGCGUGUAACUACGGUGUGUUCGUGGGCCUGGUGGGGCUGCUGGCCUGCUCCUUCUUCUUCAUGCUCGACUACAAGUUCUCCUCCAUCAGCUCCGUCAAGGACAGGAAGAAGGCGAUAAUGCUUGAGAUCGGCUUCUCAGGUUUCUGGACCUUCCUGUACUUUGUGAGUUUCUGCUUCCUGGCCAAUCAGUGGUCUGAGACCACGGCCGACGAGCUGCCACUCAACCAGGGGGCGGACGCAGCCCGGGCUGCCAUCGCCUUCUCCUUCUUCUCCAUAAUCACCUGGGCCGGUCUAACGGUGCGUGCGGUCCAGAAGUAUCUGCUCGGCACAGACAUGACUCUGUUCACCACGGAGCACAUGGACGGCGGCGCGCCCACCCAGCCGUACCCCUCCAACUCACCAGUAGGCGGCACCACCACUGAGACCACAGAGACCUACCAGAGCCCGCCGUUCACCGAGAACAAAGCCGCGCCCACGUACCAGGUUCCCAUUUACUAGAUAAGAUGGUGGACGAGGAAGGUUCGGGAGAUGGAUGAGAGGAAAGUGACAGAAAAUUAGCUUUCUGUGAUGUUACACCUGCAGUUGAUUAUGUGUUGAUUAUCUGGGCUGAGUAGGCCUCUCCUUCUUUGUUCCCUCGUCUCGUUCCCUUUCCUUCCUUAACAUUCCAGCUUUUUCUGCACCUUUCUUGACCUGUAUAUUAAACUCAAAUUCUUGCGUUCUCAAAUCCAGUGUCCAGAAAAUAAGAGGAGAAAAUGUAGAAGAGAAGGCCAUAUUGUAGACACAAUUCUGACCAAAAAAAAUAAAAAAGUGAGCGACUCCACCACAAAGCAGUGUUAGGUAAAAGAUAAAAGUGCAGAAGGCACUCACAUACAGCACCGUCGUCUUAUUCUUUCCAUUCAUUGAAGUGUCAAAAUCCCCUUUCAUGCCAAACGGAGAAUGUUCGGGGAAUGAUAUAUAUUUUUUAGCUACAGUACGGUCUGGUCCGUUAAAAGUGAUCAUGUGUGUUGAAUCUGCAUGUUUCCAAACUUAGAGAUCAACUAAGUGCCAUACUGUACUGUGUCUCAGACAGUGACUUAAUUUUAGUAGGUUUCCACAUGCUGUAAAAAAAAACAAAAAACAACAACAACAACAACAACCUUUUGUGACUAAGUGCAAUAUCUCACAUUCUCAUGUAGGUCUGUAGGUAUAUAUACUGUACUGUCGGUAGGCUAGUUACGUCAGGUUACACCAAUUUCAGGCACUGUCUCAAAUUACAUACUAGUCUUUGAAUUGUACUAACAAAUUAAAAAGUGUUUAUCUGACUUUCAUUGAGCUUCCCUGGUGAAGUUUGCUAGAUAUAGAAGUUAUAUAUUAAUCCAACAGAUAGAUCCUCCACAGAAGCUUGUUUCUAAUUUAAAUACAAUUAGUAUUGGUAUUUAUGGUCUUCCUUGAUGUAAUGUAAGAAUUAUUCUAAAGAAAAACUGUCACAAUGCAAAAUAUAUUAUCACAAUACCUGAAUCUGUGUGAUUCUGGGUCAUUCUUGCACACGGGUUCGUUUCCCCAGGUUUAUCAAAGAUCCACAGGGAAUCCUUUUUCAGUCUGUUAUUUUUCUGUGCCAGGCAUGGAUGGAUUAUUGGAAGGGCCGAUGGGGUCAGGGGCCCCCUCGACUCGAGCCUCCGUUUGAAGUGAUUCUUUAAAUUUCUUGUUGGAAAGUCAAUCCAACGACUACAAGGAGUCACAAAGAGACACAGACAGCUGCAGAGAGAUGCAAAAAAACCUUCAAAGUAACGCAAAACGACCACAAAACAACAUUGAAGAGACUCAAAACAACUACAAAGAGACACAAAACGACCAUAAAAAGACUGAAAACUACCACAAACAACCAUGACAGACUGCAAAGAUACACAAAAGACUGCAAUGAGACACAAAGAUGCAAAACUACAAAAAAAGAUUCAAAAUCACAGGAAAAGGACAAAAAACAACCACGACAAAAUCAAAAGGACUACAAAAGAUACACAAAACGAUCAUAAAGAUUGUCAAAAAGACUAUAAAGAGACAAAACGACUACAAUGACACAAAAGAACUACAAAGUGACUCAAAACUAUACCAAAAAGAGAUUCAAAAUAACUACAAAGAGACAAAAUAACCCGAAAAACACUCAACCACCACCAAGAGGGUGGGUGCUCAGGGGCCCAUAGUCCUAUAAUCCGUCCUUGGUACCAGGGAGUGUGUGUAGUAUGUGACAUGAGACAGUGUCCUGUGUUGGGUGUUGCGUGUGUAAAAUAGGGUGAGAGGGGAGAUUCUGGGUAAGUCAGGUCUGUUUAUGUUUACGUUUUAGAAGCUGCCAAACUGCCCUGUGUUCUUACAGUUGUCUUCUGAUCACCACAUUACUACUAUGUUGUUACUGUCUGAAGGGGGGGGGGGCAACAGAUGAGCUCUUAUUCAGUGAGGAAGGUCGGAGAGUCGUCUGAAUUUUGGGGACAGGUUUGGGUGGAUGUUGGUCACUAAGGGCCCAGAUGUAGAUAGUUAUCAUGCCAACCAUGUCGGUGUGCAGCAGUGUCUGUGUCGUGGUUCACGUACACUCGCCAUCAGUGAAACUGUAGUUUUGGUGUGUGUGUGUGUGUGUGUCCACGUGCAACAGGUGUACGUGUAUUAGCAUGGGAGACGUGUGGGGGGGCGUGUGUGAAAAUGUGUGAAUCCGUGUAGUUAAUUACAUUUUGUGGUGCAGAAGUUAUUCUUGAACACGUGUUUUAGUGCAGAGGAGGGAAUCAUAAGUCUGUCACACCCUUUAAUCAUAUCCCCCAAAAUGCUAAAUAUUUUAUCAGUGUCACCGUCAAGAUGUAUGAAUUACAAAGUACGGAACUAAGAGUUUGUUUUGAUGAAGAGAGCCAAAUAUAAAACUUCAUAUUAGUGAUAAUAUUGACCCGUAGAACGCUUUGCCUGCUAUUCUGAUCGGUCCUUUGUAGACAGCGCCCUCUGUCGACCGGAGACGGUACUGCAGCACCGGGACCAGAGUUUUAAAAGUGAUCAUGAUAAUAAUGCAUGAAAUUGUUGUAUAGAUCUCAUUAUAUAUUGAAUACUAUGUAAUUCUUAAGUUGACAAGUUGUUUUUUUUUUUGCAAAAUGAGAUUGGCCAGCUGUCUGGAUAUAUUCCUGUGUUUUAUUAAUCGCAGUUCAUUGUCAGAACUUUGGCCGCACGCCCGAACAACUCUUUGUUUAUUCAGUGACGUCACCUCAACCUCGAGUCGGUCACACGUACACAUGCGCUUGUGUGUGUGUGUGUAUCUUAAAGCUCCAGGGUGAAACUCUCUGCACCCAGAAACACAAAUAUAAACUGGAGUGAGUGAGGUAGUCGGGUGCAGCACACGCUCUGUAUUCCAGCUCCUGUCUAGUAUAUACUCAGAGUAAAAAGGGUUAUCUGCCGUCUAAAAUCAUAAUUAAUGAGGUUAAUGACUCAGAGUAAUAAUGCAGAUUCUGAAUGCAGUCUUCAGGCAAAUGGGUAUUAAGCCAAUGUGUUUGUUCUAGUUGGAGCAUUAAAAGGAUAAAGAUCAUUUUAAAGUCUUGUAAAACAAAGAUAAGGUUUAAGAUUUACCUUUGAGCAUGACUUUUUUUUUACAAAAGCAUUUUAUUCACCAGACUGUCAGCGAGUGCAUAGUUAAGUGAGUAUACGUUAUGAAUUUAGGGAUAACGCAGUAGUAUUUCCUUUUAGGAUCUUGGGAUCAGGAAAGUUCCAGAAAACACUUUGUGGAGUAUUCGGGGUUUCAGGACGGGUUGAUUUUCCAAAUACUUUCAGGUACUCUGGGUAUUGUUUGGUACCGUUAAGUGUAUUUGAUGCAAGUUAAAGGACUUUGUGGUUUUCCAUGUUGCGUGAACAUCACUGCAAACUAUUUCCUAAAGAAACCGGUUUUUAAUCUUUAAAAACAAACAUUUGUUUUGGUUCAUUCGGAGGAUUGAAUAUCAGCUUGUAGAGAUUCCAGACAUGAAAUGUUCAAAUUGACCUGACGCCACUCCACAACAGUGAACUGACACAACAUUAAAGCAUAAAUAAAUAUGCCAAAAUAUGGAAAACAAAUGCCAGUACAGUUCCUUAAAUCUUGGGUAUUACUGGGCUGCUAGUUACCCGUUAAAACUGGGUUAUUGCUGGCGGUAUUAGGAACAACUGGGGUACUAUUGGGUAGUUUGGGGUACUGUCAGGUCAGGUUGUAUUAUCGUUCUCAGUGUUUCAGUCUCUUCUUCAGUCAGUGUGGUAGAUAAAAAUAAAAACACAAGCAUUCUCUAUGUUUUGUGCUCUGGCCCAUGUACACUACCGUGGUAUUGGUUGUAAAGUUCAGUACGUUAUUGAAGUAAAUGGAACCUGUGUGUGAUGCUGUCUAGGGUCUGGUUUGUCCUGUACUACUGAAAAUAUAAAAAUAUUAUUAAUGUUUAUUUAUGAGCUAGAAUGCACUCUGUUGGAAAUACUUAGUUUGACCGCUCUCAAAGGGGCCGUUGGCGCCAAAAUCAAAGUUUUAUGUGAUUUCAUGCUGUUUUGUUAGACUGAGAUUAUAAAAGGUGACAUGUAGUAACGCGGACGCCAUCACUUGUGUGGUUUCCAGUAUAAUACAUUGCAUGGAUGUUACAAUAUCACCCCCUAUAAUAUUGAUAAUAAAAAUGUGAAACCUCCCUCCUCAUCGACCAACAAUCAAGUAAACAUUGAUUUUUAGCGUGCUACCCCUUUAACGUGUUUCCUCUGAGUUGUUUCUUUAUGGUCUGAAGGUGUUCGACCUCUUCAGUGUAUAAACAAUGUGUACAGAGAUGUGUGUCACUGUCUAUUACCUGAAUGUCUCUGGACUGCAGUCUGACCGUCACUCGAAUAAAAAAGAAAACAUGUUUUGGA